UCGGCACUCACUUCGGCAGAAGUUUUGCGGAGAUCGCGCUCUGAUAUUGCAUCGGCUGCGGCCUUUCCCGGCUCGUGACUGAUCAUAGACGCUUUAUAGAAAGUGAAACUGUAUGCUUGAGACGUGACAAUUGAUAGUGCAAGGACGUAUCUAAACUUUGUGUUGGAUUAAGUGCUUGAAGUGGGACAAGUCGGUUUUCAAGUGAAAAUCGAAUUUUUCCGGGACUCGUUUCGAUAUCAGCGCAGUUUUGUCAAUUAAACUGUGUCUAGAUUAUUGAAGCGUUGCAGGCUUUUCCAUAAACGGUAUUUCACAAUCUUGGUCUACAUACAAGAAGUGAUCUGCUGUGGAAAAUACAACUUCACAAAAUGUGUUCGAAAGUGAGUUUGUUUGCUUGAGUGAUUCGACAACCGAAAGGGAGUAGACCGUAGUGGGUGUACAUUGAAAUGUGAAUUUUGUGUGUACAGUGUUAAAAUUGAACUUUGUUCGUACGUUCUUGUUAUCCCGAUGAAGUUUCUCGUGUAGUUCACAACUGUUCGCGGAAUUGGUUUAUUGAAAAUCUUUCGCAAUGGAGACGGAGGAGUUGACAAAACUUGUCGAUGGCAUCUAUAAGAACAUCCUGGACAAAUUUAAUCCAGGUGCUCGGCAGAUGAUAACAGCCGGAAAGGCCUACUUAAAGGCUUUACAUGGUGCGGCCGCGGCAUCACGUUUGUAUGUGGAUGCAGUGGGUAAGCUCGGGCGACAAGCACAACAGGGCACUUGGGGAGGAUGCGCCGAUAUUGGAACAGCCCUAAUGAAAGUCGUCGAGGUGUACCGGGAAAUUCAAGAUCAACAAAUGAAUAUCCUGAAGGCAUUCUACGUAGAUCUGCUGGUACCCUUGGAAACUAAUCUGGAGAAGGAUACAAAAGUAGUACAGUCGGAACAAAAGAGGUUUUUACAACAACACAAGCUUCGGUCGGAGAGCUACAGUAAGGCUGCUGCAACUAUAAAAAAGCAGAGGAAGAAAAAGCCUAAUGUUACCAAAGUUGGAUCGGCCAUGGAUAAGGAGAUGAAGAACAUGCAAAUACUCGAAGAAGAGAAAACAAAAUUGGAUGCAUUCUGCGAACAAAGCUUGAAGAACGCUAUGACACAAGAGCGUCGCCGAUACGGCUUCGUGCUUGAACGACAAUGCUCCUUGGCUAAACACUGGCUGGCUUACCACACUGCUGGAGCGGCUGCCUACAACUCUGGCUUGGAAGAAUGGCUCGAAGUAUCCAGGACCCGUGAAUUCCUGCCUCCUAAUGUUGAAGCUAUGUUCGUCAGUAGAAUGAGGCAAGUGUCAUUCUGGGCUGAUGAAGAUGUAUACGCCAGCCCACGCAUUGGUGAUGAUGAUGAUCGAGCAUCAGUUGGCUCCGCUUUGCGUAAAACUAGAUCAGUGGAUGCUUCAUGCCUAGAUGUCAGAUCUAUCGGAGACCUCGGGUCACCAGCUCAAGGGUUGUCAAGAGCCAAAUCUGAUUUCAAUCUUCAAGCCAGCUCAAAUAAUGAAGAUCAAGUGAACGACACACGCACAGCUACCCGUCCGUCAUCGCUUGCCCCACCGACCUGCACUUCGAGAGACCCGCCAUUGGCCCGAGCUUUAUACGCCUAUGCUGCUGCUGGAGAUAACCAGCUGAGCUUCCAACAAGGAGAUGUGCUAGCCCUUCUAGGAGAAAGGACUAAAGGGUGGCAAUAUGGAGAAAACUUGCGCUCUCAUCACGCUGGCUGGUUCCCACUUGCCUAUACCGAGCCGAUUCCAAUGGAUGAUACUGGAAGUUCACCAGCUCGAUGGAGCUGUGUACAGACACCAUCUGAGGCUCCGCCACCAGCACCGAUUGCGCAUGCUCAAACCACGCCAUCGGUUACAGUGCACACACAUUCACAUCCACCAGCUCGCAUGUUUGGUGAUACUGUCACUGCUCAUCAUGUCUCAAAGGGUCGGCUUGGAAGUGGUUCUCCAGGAUUGCCACCAACUUUACCAGCACCCUCGCCCAGUGCUCUGAGUACUUCAGCUAGUGCUACAUUCCACGCAUCUACCCCGGCUGCUGGCGCCACCAGUGCUAUCAAAAACUCUACGUCAUCAGCCAGUUUUACUACACAUGCUGUCAUAGAAACAAGGAGUUUUGGGCCACAGACAUUACCUAUGCGUUCUCAGGUGGCCCAGAAUAAAGCAGGACCAGCCAAAACUGUUGUAAGUGCUGUCGGUGCUGUAGGAAAUGUAUCCCUACAUAGCUCCAAUGAUUCAGGAUUCUCCAACGAGCCACCGCCACAGCCAGACGUAGAUUACAGUGAUGAAGAAGCUCAACGACUGCGAGUGCCUAUCAGUAAAUCUGCUCAGCAAAACAACGAUAACAGAGCAUAUUUGCUCAAAACUCAGAGCUUGAGACGAGGUCCUGCGUCCAAAAAUAACAAUGCAAAUGGAUAUUUGACUGACGAUCAGCAAUUAAUGUUGCGCAAUAUGUUGGACAUGGAUAAGGACUCACAAAAAGUAAAAAGGACAAAAUCCUUCUGGAAAUUUGGCCGGACUACUGCUGAAGAAAUAAUGGAAGGAAUGUCGCUCUGGCAACAUCGUGAUAUUGUUGAUACAGUUCCAGAAUAUAAAAAGAAACUUUUUGAGAAGAUGAAAAAAGAAUUGCGUCCUGCACCUGAAAUUCCUAAACAAGCUAGCCCAGAUAAGAUGCUGCCAACAGAAAAUGGACAACCACCGCGUCCUAAAGACACACAUACUAUUGAUAGAAAAGAUAUGAAAGCUGUAAACGGCAUACGCCAAGCCAAAAGCCUUGGCUCAAUCCAAAACGAAGAAAGAAUCGAAAAAGUUCGCAAGAACAUGGAAGGCUAUCAACAACCCCAGAAUAUGAACAAGAAAAGCAUGUCUGAGAAAUCGAUAACUGAAGAAAAACAUGAAGAUUUUGUUCCACGAAACGAGUCGAGGCAUUCGGAUUUGACCAAUACGAGUACAAUUAAAACGAACUUUGAAAACAGUUUCUACAACGAUGAAAACGGAGAAGGGUUUGUAAUGAAAACAGUGAAGCGGAGAGAAAUAUUGCAGAAAUAUGAUAAUGACAGCAGCUCUGACGUCAAUUCUGUUGCUUCGAGCACUGAUCCAUAUGACUGCAUAAUCGUAGAUGAUCAUAUGAAAUCAAGGAAGCAGCAAGAAAUAGAUAGACGUCGACAGACACAAAUGAUGGAAGAAGAAGUGAAAAAACGCAAAGAAAAUGCUUAUAUGCCUGAAUUUGAAGAAAUAGAAGUGACUCCAAUCAAACCUCACGUACGUGCCACAUUGUCUUCAGAAAAAGCUAAAUCUUCUGCACAUGAGCGAAGUCCGCCUAAAACCAUGGAAUUUAAAACGUUCAAAGAUAACUCGAAAGAAAUUAAGACGUUUUCAGCAUCAUCUGAAACACUUAAGUACAAAGACAAUGAACAACAUACUGAUAGAUACGGUAUACCUAUUGAACGAAACAACAACGACAUCAGAAAUGAAGAAAUUUACAACGGACACGAUGAGGGAACCUUGAAAUACAAGAAACGAUCGCAUAAUGAAGAAAAGAAUCACCAGCAAAACAAUUUCGAAAAUGGACAUAAAAGUCAUAAAAAAGAAUAUCCACAGGCUGAAAUGAGAAACCAGAAAAAAGAAGGUCGAUCGUAUGAACCCACUCGUGAACCGAGAAUCGAUUAUUCGCUAGACAGACGACAAACAAAGAAAGAAUUUACUGACACUAAGGGCAGAGAUCCAAAGAAGAGCAGAGCUAACAGAAGUUAUGACGACAGCUCCUUACCAUACAAUGGACGCAGAGAAGAAAGGUACUACGAAGCAAACAUAUCGUACUUUAGCGACCAAGAAAGAAGAUCGUCAAGAUAUGACUACGAAACUGAUUCGAAGAAAGCUGAGAAAUCCAAGAUCCGUCAAGAGGAGGCGCGGCUUGAAGCAAGGCGUUUCAUCGAUCGUAGAAGUGAGGGCCCAUACAGCGAAUCAGACGACCAAAAGUUCAACGAAGCGUUGAAGCAACAGCGACCACAGCUGCUUCCUCGCACCAAGUUACUGAAAAGACCGUCGGAAGGAAACGAGAUGUUGCCAGAAGAGGGCCAUACUUUUGGACCGUGGUAUGAUUUAUGGGGACGCGAAACAGCCGUCUACAAAUAAUACAAAGGAGGCCACAACAAUUUGCAACGGUGAAGUUAAGGAAAGCGUUAACAAAUGAUCGCUCGUCGCCGGCCAUCGAGUAAUGUUUUAUAUAUGCGUAUAAUAUAAUAUAAUUAUAUUAUUUUGUUAAUUAAUAUUAAUUGUAAAUUAGAAACACCAUGUAUUUUGUACAGUUAAAUAUUCAUAGUCUAACAAAGAAAUAUAUCACAAUUUUUUACAAUAAUCUAAA